AUGGUCUGUGAGAACCAUCGAUGCGCGAUUUCACCUUAUGGUUCUCCUCCAGCAUACGAAAACGUAGUAUCUCCUACAUAUGAAGGGGCAGAACCUCCACCAACGUAUUCACAAGCUCUCUUCGAUGCACUUGGGGAGAGAAUAGCCAGAUUACGAGAACAACUAGAUGCUAGAGAUGAGGAUUGGAUACCUCAGUCUCGCGAGAAUCUAGACUCUUGGACAGCGUGUACAACGGCUUUUGUCCGUGCCCGUAGACAGGAAAGAGAGACACUGGAGCCUUCGGUGAGAGAGCGACUGGCACGUGGAACGACUUCAACUGGAAGAAUUUUGCCGCCUGAGCUUUGGUCGAUAGAUGAGUUGUUGCACCGAGCGCGAUUGAGACCAACGCCUAGACAGCAGACAAGGUCAACGCCGAGGGAACAGACAACUCGACCGCCUCGAGAGAACUUGCCAACUCCACCUCAGCCAGUCAUCAGAAUGUCCCCUCGAGAAGAUACAUCACCACCACUCCGACCUAAACGAGACUUGAUGGUUCCAGCUCGACCGCAGGUAGAGCUGCCAUCAUCACUGCAAACAAGACCCAUAUCUCAAGAAUAA